AGCGGCGGCGCGGCCAUGGCGGCGGAGGGCAGGGCGGCGGCCGCCGAGCUGCAGCCGGAGGGGGACGCGGAGGGCGGCGGCAGCGGCGAGCCGGAGGGCGGCUUCGGGCAGCUGCUGGAGGAGGAGGAGGACGGGGAGGACGCCGGUUACGUGCUCUACAGGGACAGGAAGGAAUGGGCAGAUAUUGAACCUGUCCCUCAAAAUGAUGGGCCAAAUCCUGUUGUUCAGAUCAUCUACAGUGAAAAAUUUCGAGAUGUCUACGAUUACUUCCGGGCUGUUCUGCAGCGGGAUGAGAGGAGCGAAAGAGCUUUCAAGCUAACAGCAGAUGCCAUUGAGUUAAACGCUGCAAACUACACAGUAUGGCAUUUCCGGAGAGUCCUCCUGCAGUCUUUGGGAAAAGAUCUCCACGAGGAACUUAAGUAUAUUACAGCUAUCAUUGAAGAUCAGCCAAAGAACUACCAAGUCUGGCAUCACAGACGAGUGUUGGUGGAGUGGCUGCAGGAUCCAUCCCAAGAGCUUGAGUUCAUAGCUGACAUUCUUAACCAAGAUGCCAAAAACUACCAUGCAUGGCAACACAGACAGUGGGUUAUUCAGGAGUUUAAAUUAUGGGACAAUGAACUGGAAUAUGUAGACCAGCUUUUGAGAGAAGAUGUGAGAAACAACUCUGUUUGGAACCAACGGCACUUUGUCAUUUUCAACACCACUGGCUACGAUGAUCCAGCAGUCCUAGACAGAGAAGUCCGGUACACUCUUGAGAUGAUCAAAGCAGUGCCACAUAAUGAGAGUGCUUGGAACUAUUUAAAAGGGAUUCUGCAGGAUCGUGGUCUUUCUAAGUAUCCAAAUCUGUUAGAGGAACUGUUGAAUUUACAGCCCAGUCAUAGUUCACCCUAUCUGAUUGCCUUCCUUGUGGACAUAUAUGAAGACAUGCUUGAAAACCAGUGUGAUAACAAGGAAGAAACACUGAACAAGGCAUUGGAGUUGUGUGAAAUUCUGGCUAAAGAAAAAGACACCAUUCGAAAGGAAUACUGGAGAUACAUUGGAAGGUCCCUUAAGAGCAAGCACAGUUCAGGCACUGAACAGACCAGCACACUGACAGAUAAGCCACAGUAACUGAAUAUGGAAGAAAACAGUGUUAAGCUCUCAAGCCGUUCUAAAGCAAUACUAAGUAGAGUCAUAAACUCGUUUAAAAUCCUGUGUAGUAUUCCCCCGGUGAGGAGAUGUUGCAAUGAAAGAGGAGUGCAGAGUGCUGUAUAGUCCUGGAUCACUGCUGCUUCUGGUGAUAGCUCUAGGUGCAGUCAAGAAAUCACAGAAUAUGCUGAGUUGGAAGGAACCCACAAAGAUCAUCAAGUCCAACUCUUAGCUCUGCACAGGACCAUCCCCAAGAGUCACACCAUGUGCCAUCAUCGAAACACCUCUUGAACUCUGUCAGGCUUGGUGCUGUGACCACUGCCCUGGGGAGCCUGUUCUAGUGCCCAGCCACCCUCUGGGUGAAGAACCUUUUUAUAAUAUCCAAACUAAACCUCCCUGGGCACAGCUUCAGGCCAUUCCCUUGGGUCCUGUCACUGGUCACCACAGAGCAGAGAUCAGUGCCUGCCCCUCCUCUUCCCCUCAUGAGAAAGUUGCAGGCUUCUCCCCUCAGUCUCCUCCCGGCUGAAGAACGUUUGCCAGCUUCAAGUUGAGUUGUGGCUUCCCCAAGAUCACUCAGAAAUUAUUGAGAAAGGUUUUGCAAUGACAUCAGCCAGCUCUUUGAGGAUUCUGGGAUGAAGCCUAUCAGGCUCAAUGGAUUUGUAAGGAUCCAGCUGGAGCAGCAGAUCCCACACAAUUUCAGGUUUGACUGGGAGUUGGUCAUUCUGGCAGUCAUGGUCCUCCCACUCAGGGUGCUGAGCAGACCUCCCUUGGUCUGUCAUGCGUGUUGAACACAGGCAGAGAAUGUGUUAAACAGCUCUGCCUUGUCUCUGUCCCUGUGUGUGAGGUGACCAUCUAAGGCAUAUUAAUAUAAUACAAACCACAUAGACCCAGCUAGUUUGGGGGUUCACAGGCAAAUCCUCUUUAUUCAAAUCAGACAUUACCUUAUAUAUAUGGGUUCAAAGUAGCAUGUGACUCCCUUGACCAGUCACCAAGGGCAUCUCACUGCCCAUGUGAGUGGGAGUACUUGGGAACUACAUCUCCCUGGGCGCUGUUCGGCACCCUUCCUGAAACCCAACUCCCCUCUUCUUUAUUAUUAUGAGGAAAUGCAGAACAUUGCAUAUAACAGUACGUUUUAAACUAUGUAAACCCUCUUUAACAAUCACCACUGCAUCACAGUGACUCAGCUCACUGCCCACCUUGGUCUCUCAACAAACUUACUUAUUUGAGCCUUUAUCCUUGAAACUUGCUUGACAUAAAUUUGAACUUUUAUUUCCUAAGGGUUUGGAUGUAUUUGGGAUAAACAACAACUUUAUUAACCUGAGGGUUUUUGCAUAACUGGGUAAAACAUUGACUUUCACUUCCCCGAGGGCUUGCAUGUAAUUGGUAACCAGGAGAAAUUCAACUCCAUUUCAAGAAAAGGGCCCUUAGAGAGCAAGUGUUACGUGAUGCAAGUGUUAUUUGUUCAGGGCACAUAAGUAUCUCCAAGUCUACAUAUGUAUAUGUCCACACAGCUUCUCUCAUUCAUUUGCACCAAGGUAGCAACCUUUUCCAAUGUGCUUGCAACAAACGUGGGUAGAGCCCUUCCCAAAUCUUCGUUCAUGAAGCCUAGCCAUGAUGAUGAGCUACCUUUUCACACUCAUACAUAAGUGGCCACUUCAUUCAUCUUCAUUCAUGCAUACUUAGAAUUUUUAUUAUGUCUCUAAAUCACGAAGUUUGGGUUUUUGUAGAGGUUUAAAGUUUUGCUCCAUGGACAGAUUUGUGAGUUGUAUGUGAGAUUUUUAAAGUGUCCACAUCUUCUAUCUCUGCUUUCUCUUGAGCAGUCUCCCCAAAUUUUUUUUUCAAGCAGUGACACCAAGGAUUCUACUUAACAGAAUCCUGCAUAGUUAUUUCUAUCAUUUCCCUUGAAUUUUAACUUUCCAUGCCGGCUGCUUACCUCGAGUUCUCUGUAGCUUUAGCUUUUCUCCUUUCAAAGCUUUACUCUGCCACAUCUUUCAUGUGCACAAUACUUAGAUUCUCAGAGCUCCACACAGUCCUCUGCUACGCGACAUCCCAGCCAUCUUUUUGCACUGGUAUUCCACGUCCUUUGUUUAACAACGUUUUCUGCCUGCUUUUAGCUCGGUUUAUAAUGUCUGACUUUUUUUCGGAGAAAAGCAUUCCAAGUUCUUAAAACAAACUCAUUCGAACGCUGCUGUAAUUCUCCUUGUUACAAGGCAGUCUCUAAUCAUCCCCGAUACAGGGUUGUGCCCCGCGUUGGGCGCCAGAUAAAGCGUAUUAAUAUAAUGCAAACCACACAGACCCGGCUAGUUUGGGGGUUCACAGCCGAAUCCUCUUUAUUCAAGUCAGACAACACCUUAUAUAUAUGGGUGCAAAGUAACACGUGACUCCCUCGACCAGUCACCAAGGGCAUCUCACUGCCCAUGUGUGUGGGAGUACUUGGGAACUGCAUCUCCCCAGGUGCUUUUCAGCACCCUUUCUGAAACCCAACUCAUACAACCAUGCUCAUCCUGUAACAGGCUGAUGAUAUUUCUAUUACUGCCUGUUGCCAUUAAUGUGUUGGAAAAAGCUUUUUAUUGUCCCCCACAUUUCUGGCACCUUCAACCCCAGAGCUUUGGCUAUAUGAAUUUUCUCCCUACAGUGGCAAGGAGCAUCUCUGAAUUCUUUCCCUGUCACUUGACCUUGCUUCCACUGGGCAUAGACUUUCCUCUUUUGCCUUAUUUCUAAGAGAAGAUCCCUGCUGCACUGAGCCAGCCUUCUGCCUCAGCUGGUUGACUUCCAGCGUUUGGGAAUUGCUGCUCCUGUGCCCUUAGGAGGUGAUGUUUGAAAAGUGACCAGCACUGAUGGACCCCAGCACCUGCAAAAACAUUUUCCCAGGGGACCUUACUUACUGAUUCCCUGAGCAACCUGAAGUCUGGUCUCCUCAUGUCCAGAGUUGAGGGUUUGCUGGCACUUUUCUUCCUGUCAAGGAGAUUUUAAGCGAUUUUAAACUCAAUCACUUUGUGGUCACUGUGGCCAAGAGGCCACCAGUCUCCAUUUUAACGAGAUCCACUCUGUGGACAAGCAGCAGAUCAAGAAGGGCAUCUUUCCAAGUCAGCUCCCUCAGGAUCUGUUCCAUAAAGUUGUCCAGGUAUUUUAGGAAUCUUUUGGCCCAGGUUGUAUCAAGGCUUAAUUAUUGAAAUGUACCAAGUAAAGGUUUUAGUUCCUACCUAAAAAUACAUAAAGCUGUACCUACUAUUUUGGCAGUACUCAGUUAAUGGUUGGACUUGAUAUUAGAGGUUUUUUCCAAAAUAAGCUAUUCUGUGAUUCUUUGAGGCAUAAAAAAAUUUCUCAUGUCCUGGCUUACCCACUUGUGGUUCCUAACACUGUCUCAUCAGAUGCAGUAAUGACUGCAGUUUGUUUAGCUGUAGUGGAUAUAGAGUAACAUGGUUAGUGCAAGCAGGCUCUGCAGUUGUUGCCUUACGUGGGAGCAGCUGUGCAACACUGUCAGCAUAAGCUAUUGUAUGCAACUAACUCCAAGUGUAAUUUUAUAAUAAAAACAUAACUUAAAGCAUU